AUGUCUGAUCACGAACACGAAGCUCCAGUUGAAGUUCAAGAAGACUUUGAAGUCGUGGAGGAGUUCACUCCUGUUGAGUUGGCCACCGCCAUCCCAGAGGACGUGCAGAAGGCCCAGAACGAGAUCAAGUUGUUCAACAAGUGGUCUUUCAAGAACGUUGAGGUGAAGGACGCCUCUCUGGUCGACUACGUCCAGAUCGGUCAGUCCAUCUUCGUCCCUCACACCGCUGGCCGUUAUGCCAACAAGAGAUUCAGAAAGGCUCAGUGCCCAAUCAUCGAGAGAUUGACCAACUCCUUGAUGAUGAACGGUAGAAACAACGGUAAGAAGUUGAAGGCCGUCAGAAUUGUCAAGCACACUUUGGACAUCAUCAACGUCUUGACCGACCAGAACCCAUUGCAGGUUGUUGUCGACGCCGUCACCAACACCGGCCCAAGAGAAGACACCACCAGAGUCGGUGGUGGUGGUGCUGCCAGACGUCAGGCCGUCGAUGUUUCUCCAUUGAGAAGAGUUAACCAGGCUAUUGCUUUGUUGACCAUCGGUGCUAGAGAGGCUUCUUUCAGAAACAUCAAGACCAUUGCCGAAACUUUGGCUGAAGAAUUGAUCAACGCCGCCAAGGGUUCCUCCACCUCUUACGCCAUCAAGAAGAAGGACGAAUUGGAACGUGUUGCCAAGUCCAACCGUUAA